AUGAAGGUCACCCUUACAGCCGCUGUCCUUUUCCUCGGGCUCGCCUCGGCCCUACCUGCCGAGGAUCUCAUUGAGCUUGACGACCGUGCCGAGCCCUCGAACGCGCCCAUUGACUGGGAUGGCCCCAACCAGUCUGCCAGCAUCAAGUGCGGCAAGAACACCUACGACGGCCACGACGUCUACCUCGCGGCGCAGCACGGCGUCAACCUCGGUCUUCUGAGCCCACCCGAGACGCGCGGCGAGAAGAAGUUCCCCCAUGCUUUCGACCACGACGACAGCAAGGGUGUGAAGCUUCACUUCCCCAAGCACUGCCCGGAGAACGACAAGAACAGGCAGGAGUACCCUCUCGUCAAGAACGGUCCGUACAAUGGCGGCAAGAACAACAAGAAGUACGGCGACGAGCGUGUUGUCUUCUACUAUGACGGCAAGGCGCAAGGUGUUGAUGGACACCCCUUGGUCUACUACUGCGGACUGAUGACCCACGAUGGCGCCGCCAAGGGAGGUUUCAUCCAGUGCCCCGAUGGCAAAUAG